AUGCUGAUUUUGCUGCUAUCGAAGCUCACGUCAUCGGAUUUUCCGGAUUAUGUACACCCUCGAUUCAAGAUGAUGAAUGUUUCAAGUCCAAGGCGUCGACGUGCUUCCAAAGGAGGAAAACUUCCUUCUCUCGUCGACAACUACCAGAAACUGGCUCGUCUCUCAAAUGGAAUCUCCCUGGAGAUCGGAUUACUUGAUGGAUCGAUCCCUUCUGAAACUGCUCUCUCUGAAAUUUUACAAAUGGGAAAAGCAACAAUCAGCGAUAUCGAAAAGUUGGAUUCGAAUGUCAUUGGUAAUGGAAUUGAGGAGAUAAGGAAGCUACCGACCGCGUUGAUUUCUACUCCUGAUGUUCAAAAAUUGGAAGACCGUUUGAUGUUAUUAGAGGACGUGAUAGUAAAUGCAACAAGUCUGGAAUCUUUUGGAAAUAUGACCGGAAAACCGGAAUAUGUAUCGACUCUGGAGAAAGUGAAAACUCUGGAUACGUUGAAAAAGGACCUCGAUUUUUUCAUGCGAGAUGUCAAUACCUUGGCCAGUGAAUACUCUUCAGCCAAACUUCUCUCAAAAGAGAUAACGGAUGAGAACGUCCAGAAAGCUGGUUCCAAUGUGCAAAUAGUUUUCUUGAAGCUGGGCUCUGUAGAGACUGCUGCUAAAAGUUUCAACAAAACUGUGGAUCUGUUGAGGGAAUCGAAGAAAAUCGUUGAGGAAUCAAAGUUUAUGGAUAUUCUCUUACUGGAAAACGAGUUUCGUGUUAAACUUGCCCAGACGAUUUUCCAUACGGAUGUGACAAACAAAUCAAUGAACGCUAACCUUGAAAAAGUGACUGGCUUUUCAAAAAAAGGCGUGAUAACUCAAAAUGCUUUGGAGUCGAUUCAUCAGUUAGUUGAAAGCCGGAAAAACUUCAAAACUCUCCCUGUCGAGUAUACAACUGGUUUACCAAAUGGAGCUGUUGACUUGCAACAAUUGAGUAGAGAUGUCGAUAGUCCCUGGAUAGCUGAGCGGAUCUCAGAGGUAUCAUUGGUUUCGGAGAACUUGAAGAAGUCGUUCUACUCCCUGACCGAAUUAAUCAAUUUGCUCAAUUCAAUCGAGACAUCUUGGGAAUCACUUCUAGAUGCUACAAAUCAGAAUGACUUGGAGUACUUGAUGGAACAAUUCACAAAAUUGUCGGCGGUGGGAAUUGUUAAUUCAGAUAAGUUGUCGACGCAAAUCAAUGCACUGGUGAUCUGCGAUAAAACCGUCAUGUCAUAUCCACAACCCAGCAUUGAGGAGAUAAAAACUGUCGGUGAAAUGAUGGAAAAAUUGAAUAAGGCUAUCGAAAAAAUCUCAAACUUUGAAUACAUCGACUAUUUCAAGAAUCUGAAGGACAUCAAGACGCUUUUCAACACUUCUGGAAAAUCGCCGGAAGACACCAACAAGAUUGUCAAAAACGUUAUGGAAAAAAUUGGAAAGGACCCGGAGUUGAAGAAAUUUGAGUCACUUGUAACCCAACUUCUGAAUGACCUAACAACAACUCUCACUGCAAUUGAUGAGAUUCCAGAGUUGACUAACGGUAUCACUUUGAACAGUGUUGAUUUAUACCAAUCACACAUGCUCAACUCCCAACAUUCUAAGAUCUACAAAUGCUUGAGAGAUAUAAAAGAAGAUUUGUCGCCAGUGAAACAAGCUAUGAGAUUCAUUCAAGACUUGAGAAAAAUCCAGAUUCCAAAUGGUCCGAAUCCAAUUAUCAAUUCAGUGUUGGCAUCUAAAAAUGAUCUGGUGGCUGCAAAGACGUCUGCUGAAAAAAUGAAGGAGGUAAAGACACGUGAAGCAUUGUCUCUGAAGGUGUCGUUCCCGAAUUCUCUAGAAGUUUCGAAGACUCUUGGUGUGGCUGUGCGAGGAUUGGCUGCAAUCGAUAAGGCUUAUGAGUCGAAGGAUCGUUUGGACACACUCUUGCAGAAAAUAGAUGAGAUUGUGAAGGAAUCGACGGUGUUGGCUCCAGAGAAUCAAUCGGCUCUUUCGAAACUGGUAGAUCUCAAGAAGGUGUUUGCUGGAAUUGAUGACUUUGUAAAGCAAAUCGAUGGAAUGGAAAAUAUCCGGAAGAAAAGAGCAAUCGGAUUAUUCAAGGAUACUGGAAUAGUUCUAGAAGCAGCCGACAAGAUUCCAGGAGUCAAUGUCGAUGUGGUUGCUGCAAAGAAUGCUAUAGAGAAGUUGAAUGCUGCCUCAUCCAAGAAAUAUGAUCAAGAAUCUGCACAGUUGGAUAUUCUGAAGGAGUUGGAUUUGAACUUUACGAGUUAUGAAUUCCUGGAAGCUGUGGACUCUUUGAAGGCAAUAGACGAUUUCUUUUUGGAUUAUGCUAAUGCUAUGGCCGCACCAGUUCCCACACCAGCUCUUCAACUUGUCAUUCCAUCUUCAACUGACUCAUCGGGUGUCAAGGACCGUGCUCAACCGGAAACAUCGGAUAUGGAUGCUCUGGAAAUGACGACUGCGGAUAAUUUUACACGAAAUGUGAUCAUUGGUGUAGUAGCGUUCGUUGGUGUGUUUUUCUCUGCUGCUUCCAUCGGUGGUGUUAUUUGUUGGAAACGCAAUAAACAAGAGAAGCCACUGCCGGAUGUUGAUCCAGACAUGCCCAAACCUGUAGUCAUACAAGGGAAAAGUAGUGCGGAUCCUGCUGUUCCAGCUGCUCCUGAAGUUCCAGCUGCCCCCGAUGCUCGAGCUGCUCCUGCAGCUGAUGCUCCCCUCGUUGUUGCUCCUGCAGCUGAUGCUGCCCUCGUUGUUGCUCCUGCAGCCAUUCUUCCUGCUCCUGUUCCAUCAGAUGAAAACAUGCUUACGGCUAUCGCGUCAUCCGUCCCAAAUCUGCACAAUGAAGAACUUCAACCUACCCAAUGGACAGAUGAAGAUAUUGCUAAAAGGAUGAAAUUCAUUUUUGAUACGCAAAAAGCGUUUGAAGACAGUAUGGUGGUGAAUGUCGAAUUGCCAAACGAGUUUCCGAAGUCGUAUCUCAAAUAUUAUGAUACAAAUGACGAGAGAAAGGCUACUGCUGAGCUGAAGGAAGAGAAUAAGAAUGAGCGGUGGGAUUCAAAUCGCGUUUGUCUGAAAGCUCACAGAUUCCCAUUGGCCGGUUUCCCGGAAACUAAUAACUUUAUCAAUGCGAAUGGUAAGAAAUUUGGAGAAUACGACUGGUGGUCAGCUCAAGCGCCAACAAAUGAACAGUUCCCAGGAAAAAUAUCGACAGUUGAGAAAACGUUAGCCAUGUUUGUGCAAGGUAACAUUGGAGUGGUGUUGAUGCUAUGCGAGUUCAAAUUGAUAAACCACCAAGAUGAGAGUUAUCAAAAUUGUGCUGAAUAUUUCUCCCAGGAAAAAAAUGGAACGAUGACUCAUGGAAAAUUGACAGUGACAACAAAAGAUAGGAUUGAUCAAGUGCCAGACAUGACGUUCCAGAAGGAUCAUGUACUCUUCAAACUUGAAAUAGAGGAGAAUGAUACGAAGAAGAAACACGCAGUCGAUGUGUUAUUGACAAAAGAUUGGUUAGAGAAGAGUUCAAUGAUUACACCACUUAGUGUUAUAUCAAAACCAAAAUGCGCACUAGAUAUCAUCAGAUUUGCGGAUAGUUAUAAGUCGAACGUUUGUGUGAUGAGUAAACACGGAACCGGGCGUGCUGGCACGAUCAUGGCCAUCAAAAAUGCAUUACACCUGUUGGAAACCCAUGAGACGGUCACUCUUUAUGAUAUCAUCGAACCGGUUCGAGAUGUACGUUUCGGAGCAGUUGAGAAUGAACUUCAGUUGUUUUUCGUCAUCGUCACCGUUGCUUUUUAUCUUUUGGAAAAGGCAAAUUUGGCGUGUAUGCCAAGCUACGACUUUCUCGAUUUUUUCCAUGCACGGUUCUAUCAAGCAGAUUUCGAACGCUAUGCUCCUCUUACAAACAGAGAUAAGAAGUGGAAAAGUGAAGCUUAUAAAGAUCGUGUGAAUCUUUUGAGAAGAUAUGUGAACGAAGCAAAAACUGAAGCGAUCAAAAUAUCGAAAAAGAAUCCUAACAACGGAACUGAAUAUGAGUUUGAUCUGACCAAACGGGAAAUGCUCAAGGAAUGGGAUCCUACUGAAGUCAGAAAAACUCGAGCCGACAACGAUCAGCCGAGAGGACUUCUUCAACAACAGAGACUUCAACAGAAACAAGUUGCGACGAAGAAAAAGAAAAGGGAGAAGCAAGAGAAGACUGAUGUAGGUGAAGAAGGAGAGGAUCCAAAGAAGACGGAGGAGUCGAAGAAGAAUCCAUCCAAAAAAGAAGCGUCCAGGAAAGAGGCGUCAAAGAAGAAUCCGUCGAAGAAGAAUCCAUCCAAGAAAGAAGCGUCGAAGAAGGAAAAGUCGAAGAAGAAUCCGUCAAGAAAGGAGGCAUCAAAGAAGGGAGCAAAAAAGGAGGAAUCGAAGAAGAAGAAGAAGUAG